GGCCCGGCAUGGACGGCGGAGGCCCGGCGGCGCACAGCGUGUGCAUGGUGUCGGACUUCUUCUACCCCAACAUGGGGGGCGUGGAGAGCCACGUGUACCAGCUGUCACAGUGCCUCAUCGAGCGCGGCCACAAGGUGCUGGUGGUCACCCACGCCUACGGCCACCGCAAGGGCGUCCGCUACCUCACCAGCGGGCUGAAAGUCUACUACUUGCCCCUGAAGGUGAUGUACAACCAGUCCACGGCCACGACGCUCUUCCACAGCCUGCCCUUGCUCAGGUACAUCUUCGUGCGGGAGCGGGUGACCAUCGUGCACGCCCACAGCUCCUUCUCGGCCAUGGCCCACGACGCCCUGUUCCACGCCAAGACCAUGGGGCUGCGCACCGUCUUCACCGACCACUCCCUGUUCGGCUUCGCCGAUGUCAGCUCGGUGCUGACCAACAAGCUGCUGACGGUGUCCCUGUGUGACACCAACCACAUCAUCUGCGUCUCCUACACCAGCAAGGAGAACACGGUGUUGCGGGCAGCCCUGGACCCUCGGAUUGUCUCUGUCAUCCCCAACGCUGUGGAUCCCACCGACUUCACCCCAGACCCCUCCAGGAGGGAUGACAGUACAAUAACAAUUGUGGUUGUCAGCAGACUCGUUUACAGAAAAGGUAUUGAUUUGCUUAGUGGUAUAAUUCCUGAGCUGUGUCAGAAAUAUCCAGAGUUACAUUUCUUAGUUGGAGGAGAAGGACCAAAGCGAAUCGUACUGGAAGAAGUCCGGGAGAGAUACCAGCUACAUGACAGGGUGCGUCUUCUAGGAGGCCUGGAACACCAGGAUGUCAGAAAUGUCCUGGUCCAGGGGCACAUUUUUCUCAACACUUCCCUCACUGAGGCCUUUUGUAUGGCUAUUGUGGAGGCAGCAAGCUGUGGUUUACAGGUGGUGAGCACAAGAGUUGGUGGGAUUCCAGAGGUACUUCCAGAAAAUCUCAUCAUUUUGUGUGAGCCCUCUGUGAAAUCUUUGUGUGAUGGACUAGAAAAAGCAAUUGCCCAGCUCAGAUCAGGAACUCUGCCAUCUCCAGAAACUGUUCAUAACAAAGUAAAGACUUUUUAUACGUGGAGGAACGUAGCAGAGAGAACUGAGAAAGUGUAUGACAGAGUUGCAGAUGAAGUGGUUUUACCAAUGAAGGAGCGACUUGACAGACUAAUGACUCACUGUGGUCCCGUGACCGGGUGUAUUUUUGCUUUUUUUGCUGUUCUGAACUUCCUUCUCUUGGCAUUUCUGAGGUGGAUGACUCCAGAUUCCAUUAUUGAUGUUGCAAUAGAUGCUACAGGACCUAAGGGUGCAUGGACUAAACGGUAUUUUUUUGGGAAAAAAAGAAGAAUUAAAGAGGAACUUGUAAACUCCUAAAUUGCGCAAGUGGAGAGAGAAGAACGUGUCAGUCAUUAAAGGUCUUAAUGCUUGCUGACAGAGACAUUACUCUUAAAACUCUUCAGUUUCUUUCUGAAGUUCUUGGAAAGAAACUUAGUUCAAUGUGCUACCUCAAUUUAGGAUGAUGUUCUUAGUUCAGUUUUGGAUUAAUGCAAAUCUAUGGGCAUCUCUUUUGCACUGAAAGCUGGGAGGAGAAAAUGUGUUUUUAUAUAUGUCAGAAGCCUUGGAAACAAAAGUAGAAGAUUUUCCUUGAUAACUUGAACAUUACAGAAAGGGGCUUAAGUGUUUGGGAAAGCAAAACACAACAAUUAUUAGCUUAAUGUAAUCCCCGCUAAUCCCUGAUAUUUACUGUGAUUUUUAUUUAAAGACCUCUUUCAAAAUAAUUAAAAUCUCAACAAAAUACACCUUUUUUUCUCCUAAGAUGAAAAUGGCACUUGAAAUUAGUCAUUAAGUCCAUUACCAUGUAAAUUUCAGUGACUUAGUUCUAGCAGUUGUGUUCAGUGACAGUGUUUUGCCUGCCUAGCAUUAUUAUUUUGAAGUUCUUCCCUAGUCAGAGUUGCACAUUUUGUUGCUAAAUCAACAUUCCAUAAUGAUUUUCUGAUAUUUUCAGAGGUGCUAAUUUUUUCCUGUUCCCUUACACGUGUGAAAGUGAUGUAAAGCUUAUAGUGAUUUUGGGUUUUGCUUUUGCUUUUCAGUACAUAGGGGAAGAAAUAGUAUUAUUUAGAGAUAAUACAGCCUCUAGAAACAUCUCAGGCCUGAAAACUUCCAGCAGUCUGUGCCAAAGUGUGAAGUAACACGUGUGUGAGAGAGCAAAAACUGUGAAGGGCUUAAUGGGCACACUUGUGCUUACCUGCUCUCUCCACCUCCCACCCACCCAUCCCUUCUCCUUUCUUAUGACCAAAGUGGCAUUUCAGUCCAUCUCUGGGAGGGACGGCGUUCAGGGUGAGUGAUUUCACCUCACCCACAUCAGAGACACUGGCUGGCAGGUGCUGCAUGUGCAAUCUCCCGAGGAAUACCUUGGGAAGGUAUUCCUUAAGUGGAAAUGACAAUGGCUGUGCUUUUCAUGGAGAGACAGAAGGAGCAGCUCUGAGGAGUCUUGAGUGAUUUGUACUGGGGCAGGAGGCAGCACAGCAUUGUGCCAAUGGCUGUGAGAAGAGGUGUUUGUUUCAUUUGUGUCAGCCACCUCUAAAAUUGCCCCUUGUCUGAGGCACUGGGUUAGUUUCUUUUUCAAGCAUCACUAAUCAUGACAAGCUUCCUAUUUUAUAACUCUGGAGUAUUGUGUGCUGUUGGACACUGUAUUAAUAUUAAAACUGUGCAAUAUGAAAACACUGUUUCCAAACCCUUGAAGAGUAGUAUUUAACACACUCCUUCUGCCAAAUUCAUCUUGUUUAUGUAGAGAUGUAAUUACACAAGCAUUUUAUAAUUUCAUUGAACAUAUUUUCAUGAAACACAAAGAUAAUGUAAAUAAUUGCCAUAUAUGAAGUCUAUUUUCUUUUACUAGAAUUUUUAGCCUUUGAUAUGUAACAUACAGCUGCUUUAAAAGCAGAAAUCAUCUAAAGUGGUGCCACAAGGUUUAAGAAUAAAUGGGUAGAAUUAAGCUAAUAUUCUACUUUAAGUUAUUCUUUUUUUUUUUUAUAUUGUUCAAGCAUUCAUAUUUCUAACAACCUUUUGAAAAUACUGAUUGCCACUCCAGGGAAAUGUUAUAUAUAUAUAUAUAUGUGUGUGUAAUUUUAGUAAUACUUUGUUUUCUUUUAGUUCUGUUUGGUUUCCUGCAACAUCUGCAAACACAAAUCAAAAGGAUUGUGUGUAUCUAUUCAAAAUAAAUUUUCUUUUGUGGAACAUUGUGUACUUACAAAUAACAUAAUAAAACCUUGUUAUAGUCUUGUUUACAA